AAAAGACUAGAAAACGAUAUCAGCCUAAUGUUAGGUCGAAGACCUUGGCCAAUUUGGAAACCUUUCUGGGUUAUCAUCGGUCCGUUGUGUAUACUAGGUCUCUGGGUAUUGAGCAUAAUGUCCUUCAAACAUUUGAGUUACGGUGACGGGUCUGUGUUUCCCAAGUGGACCAACUAUACAGGCUUGGGUAUUGCUCUAUUUACCAUCAUUCCGGUGCCAAUUUUGGGUAUGGUAGAAGUCAUGAAGCACAAAGGAUCUUUUCUCAAUAGACUAAAGCAAAGUGUAAAGCCAACCGUUGAAUGGUGUCCAGCAAAGUCAAGAGUUGAUCUCAAGAUAAGUAUCUCCAAGCCUGAGGAAGAAGUUGACAGCCAUCUUUUGUAAAAAUCCCUUGUGUCUAUGAAGUGAUUAUUAUAAUACAUGAAAUAUAAACUGUUUAAAUAUUUAAUGGCUAAUAAUGUUUUAGACGCCAUCUCAUUAAAAUUUAAGUUCGUAAUGAAAUAUGUAGGGCGAAACCCACAACUACAGAGGAAGGUCAUUCACAUGUCAAGCUAGAAGACAAAUAAAAUACUUUAUAUAUCAAACUGACAUGUAAAAAAGUACGAACCACUCCCAUACUUAAAGAAGAAUGUAAUGAUGGA